GUUGUUUGUGAUUGGUCAUAACCUUUUCCGGUGAGGCAUCCAUCCAUCCAAGGACUGUGAGAAAGCCAGUGUAAACGAAGUAAAACACGUCGACAAACUCAUCGAAGCGACUCAGGUCAUCAUGGCGUCCAGCAGUACAAGCAGUGAAGAAGAGAGGAGCUUGCGGGAGUGUGAGCGCUACGUGCAGAAGCACAACAUCCAGCAGCUGCUGAAGGACUGCAUUGUGCAGCUGUGCACAAACAGGCCCGAAAGACCCAUGGCUUUCCUCAGAGAGUACUUCGAGAGGCUUGAGAAGGAGGAAGCUAAACAAUUCAUCAGCCAGCAGAAGUCCAGCUCUCGCUCAGACUCCCGUGAAGAUGAGGUUUCUCCUCCCAUGAACCCUGUGGUUAAGGGCCGGCGGCGCCGCGGUGCCAUCAGUGCAGAGGUCUACACUGAGGAGGACGCAGCGUCUUAUGUCAGAAAGGUUAUUCCUAAAGACUAUAAAACCAUGGCUGCUCUUGCUAAGGCGAUUGAAAAGAAUGUGCUUUUUGCUCAUCUUGAUGACAAUGAAAGAAGUGACAUAUUUGACGCCAUGUUCUCAGUCACUUACAUCGCAGGAGAGACCGUGAUCCAACAAGGGGAUGAGGGUGACAAUUUUUAUGUUAUUGACCAAGGUGAAAUGGAUGUGUAUGUCAACAAUGAGUGGGUGACCAGUAUUGGAGAGGGUGGCAGUUUUGGUGAGCUGGCUUUAAUCUACGGCACUCCCAGAGCAGCCACUGUCAGAGCAAAGACCAACGUCAAGCUGUGGGGAAUUGACAGAGACAGCUAUAGGAGAAUACUCAUGGGAAGUACUCUGAGAAAGAGAAAAAUGUAUGAGGAAUUCCUUAGCAAGGUCUCCAUUUUGGAGUCUCUGGAUAAAUGGGAACGGCUGACAGUUGCUGAUGCCCUGGAGACGGUCCAGUUCGAAGAUGGCCAGAAGAUUGUUGUGCAGGGUCAACCCGGAGAUGAAUUCUUCAUUAUUCUUGAGGGUUCGGCAGCAGUCCUGCAGCGGCGGUCGGAGAAUGAGGAGUUUGUAGAAGUCGGGAGACUUGCACCUUCCGACUACUUUGGUGAGAUCGCUCUGCUUAUGAACCGGCCUCGUGCCGCCACCGUGGUUGCCCGCGGCCCGCUGAAGUGCGUAAAACUUGACCGUCCACGGUUCGAACGCGUGCUCGGCCCCUGCUCAGACAUCCUGAAGCGAAACAUACAGCAGUACAACAGCUUUGUGUCUCUGUCGGUCUGAGGCGCACUAGGCUCUUUCCUCCUCUAUUGCAGGGUCCACCAAUGCAAAUCCGCUUUAUUUUCUUACUUUUCUUUAUGCAUUUUCCAACACCCAGGUGCCCAUUCACUUCAGUGUUCUCUCUCUCUCUCUCUCUCUCUCUCUCUCUCUCUCUCUCUCUCUCUCUCUCUCUCUCUCUCUCUCUUCUCUCUUUUUUUUUUCUUCUUUUUUCGUGCCGUACCCUGUCGCGUUCGUAUCCAUCGUACAUUUAAGGCUGAUUGUUAGUUUUGCCUGAGAAACGAGCCAAUCAUUGUGCCACAGAUGCCUGUCAUGUGAACAGAUGUUGAACUAACAAGGUCUGUCGGGAUUGUCUCUUUCCUCCAAGUUGCUUCUCGUUCCUGUAUAACAGUGUUUUGAAUGGAAGGAAAUCAGUGGCAGGGUUGACAUUCAUGUAGUGUAUCUAUUCAGUAUAUUCAGUAUGAUGUAUCUUAUUUGAGGCAUCAAGUUCCAGUUCUGUUUUCCCUCGUUCAUUUCAAGCAUUUGAGUAUAGGGAAGCCAAAGGCAUAAAUCCAUGUGUUAUGUUGUUUUCUUGGGGGUACUGAAGUUAAAAUGUCACCAUGGUUAUCGUGGUGAUUAGCUUUGCUCUUUUAUUGUUAUAGCUGCACAUAUAUAGUGUAUGUAAAUGAUUAUAUAUUAGAAGUAAAUGACCAUAACCAUAUUUUUUUGCACAGUUUGAGAUAUAUAUAUAUAUAUAUAUAUAUAUAUAUAUAUAUAUAUAUAUAUAUAUAUAUAUAUAUAUAUAUAUAUAUAUAUAUAUAUAUAUAUAUAUAUAUAUAUAAAAAACACUUUAUAUGCGCCUGCUGUCUUUCAUUGUGGCAUUUAGUCCUGUUUCAUUGGAUUUUUCCAUUUUCUGUUUUGUUCUCCCUUCAUGCUACACAUAGGCUUGCACUGGAUUCUUAUGUAGAGCACACCAGGAUUAGACAAAUCUCCUUUUAAAAUUUAAUUUUGUUUCGCAUUUGCUCCCUUCUGAAAUGCCACCUGCCGCAAAUGUUUUUAUUGGUUUGUUUCCCCCACAAAAAGGUGACGAUAUCUUGUAUUCAACAUUGUGUUUAAGUACAAAAAAAGCACUCAUUUUUAGUUUUGAUUAAUUGAUGAGAAGAGUUACAGAUAUGUAAUGGUUAAUGAAAUCUGACCGAGUAUGCAAGGAUCCUCCUCGACAGGAAGUGACCACUUGGUGACCUCUUUAGCCAAGAGAAUCCCAUUAGGUUAUUUUUUUUUUCCUCGAUGAGUGUAUGUGAAUUGCUUUAAAAAUACCAAAUGUCUUUUCCCUUCUUUCUUUCUUUUCAUAAUUUAAACUGAAAUUAUUUGGUUUAUCAACAGAGCAGGACUAAGAAAAAUAGUUUUCAAAUGAUCAGUGUCUGUAUUUUUAUUUUUUUAAAUUGAGAUUUAGAUUAUUCUCCUUAGUUAAAUCGAAGUCUUAAAACAGGGACAGUAUUUACCGCUUGUGUUGAGUUCAUGGUGUCUAUAUGCCAUUAGGGUUAGGGUCCAUCAAAUGAUUGGCGUAGAUCUGCAAUCCAAUACUGCCACCAACUUAAUCUCUUAUCAGACAUUGUUCUUAGGGUUCUCUGAGCUGUUGUUGGAUUUUACUGGAUGGUACAAUAGUGUUAACUGUUGCUGAAAGUAGAUUUUUAAUGGUCACACAGAUAUAUUCUUGUAUUAUUUGAAAACAGUUGAUGUGAAUUUUAAAUCUGUGUGUUUUUGUUUUUCACACAUCUUGUGUUCAUGUAAUUAUUCAGAUAUCCAGCUCCUUUAUACUGCAGACUCGAGCAAAUUUAGUUUUUGAAAAGUGCCUGAUUUCUUUACUUUCAUAAUUCACAGCCAACAGACAUUUCCUGGUAGGUUUUCCCCCUUCCAAUUCUAUUCGUACAUAUUCUGUCAGCUUGUUACCUGUAUUAUCUAUAAGCUACAAUUUUAGUUUAUUUUUUCAUAUGCAGAUACCUUUGGCCCUUAGCAGUGUAAUUUUGUUUAGACUUGAAACUCCAGUAAUUAAGAGUUUAUUUAACUGCCCCAAAAUUGCUACGUUAAUUAACGAAAGGUUCAAGUGAACUGACCUAGGUUUCGUGUUUUUAUCUUCACUAUCUGCCCUACUGACCGCAAGGAGUGGUUUUCUUUUUACUCUCUGACACUUGAUUUAAGAGCCUUACUGCAUUGCCACUGCAGUUGUCUGGGAAAAGAUACUCAUUCACAGAUUCUGCCCCUUUAGACCGGAUUAUAAUUUCAGAAUCAGUAAAAUCUUGGUGCUGUAGCUUUAAAGACACAAUCUGCACCCUUAAUGAUAUGUAAGGAGUAGCCUUUGAUUAACCGUUCCACUGUCUUUUCACUGAGUGGUUUAUGCCUUAUGAUGGGGUUGAAUAAAUAAACACUUUGAAAUUAUUUCUAUAGUCCUUAAUGUAAACUGUAACACCAUUUGUUAGGCAUACAAUUGCUAAAUGGUGUACUUGUUAUUGCUCAAACACAAUAUGUAUUGCUUUGUUAAUUUAACUUCAUUUGGCAGUGCAGAACUGAGUAAAUAAACAAUAAAUCUUUCCCUGUUUUCGGUAAAAUGCAUAAUUUAAAAUUUAUUGUAAUUCUCUCCUUUUUAUGAAUAAAUGAAGUGAUUUGUUCUACCGCUAAUACAAUUUUCUGCUUGCUUUAUUAUGAUCUAUUAUUAACUUCAGCCCCGGUUUCUUGAGGAACAUUCAUUGAUACACUAGAAGUGUGUUUGUAUUACCACCAUUAACCUUUUUUUUUUUUUUUUUUUUUUUCCCCUCCAAGUUUGCUUUUCAUUCCCUGGUUGUGACUGCCAAUGGUGUUUUCUUCUGAAGUUUUCAGUAAAAUUGUGUUCUAGUAUGUACAGAGGAAUUGAUAUAUUUGCUCGUAGGCUUUGCCAUCAAGGCUUAGAGACUCCUGUUCACCUAUUCUUCAGUUUGUUAAGCCCUCAGCACAGAGAGUUGUAAAAUGUCAGAGGACCAUUUUUCUAUUAUUCUUUUUCUAUAACUGUGUACGGUUUGAUUUCAUUGGAUGUGCUCAAGUUGUAAACCUUUUGGUAUAGAUUGUCCCAAUGGCAGGUCAAGCAAUAAAAUGAUUAAUUCUUGAA